AGAAAGAUAUUGCCCAAGAUUUUUUAUAAGUAACCCAAGAUAGACCAAAAGCCUGUCGUGGCUAAAGCAAGCAAGUAGGUGGGCAGAGCCAAGAACGAGCUAGUGAUAUCUUAUUGGCACGUUCUUGCAUGUAUUUGCAUAUUUCAGUUGGGGAAAGCCUGCUAUGUGAAGUGCACUGUGUGCAAUAACUCAAUCGCCCUUGCGUUCCUUCUAAAGAAAGCAAAAGGCAAAGUCUACAAAACUUAGUCCACUCUGUUCGUAACAGAUUAUAGUUUUGAAAAAAGAAAACUGCAUUGAGCUCAACUGUUUCAUCGAUGACAAAAUUAGAGGAAUGUCGGUCAAAAUCCAUCUCGCUCCAUCUUCUCCCACAGACGUCCACUGGGCUUCCUAUCAUCACCACCACAUUUGGUAGUGAGUCGAAACGCCAACCAGAUGCUUCACAUUCAUACAUCCGGGUCAUUAUAUGAAAACUCCAAUCUGGAUCGCAGCGCUAACAACAGGAAGAAGAUAGAGGAAUUCUCUAGGUCUUCCCGUGACAAACUGGUCCAGUCGAAGAACAAAAUGUUCUCCAAAUUUACAUCGAUUCUACAGCACGCAGUCGAGGCGCUUGCGCCUUCACUGCCCUUGCAGGAGGACUUUGUGUAUCACUGGAAAGCCAUCACACAUUACUACAUAGAGACAUCAGAUGACAAAGCACCUGUGACAGACACCAACAUCCCGUCCCAUCUGGAGCAGAUGCUGGACAUCCUGACGCAGGAGGAGUCAGAGAGAGAGUCUGGAGAGACUGGGCCCUGCAUGGAGUACCUGCUGCACCACAAGAUCCUAGAGACCCUCUUCACCCUGGGCAAGGCCGAUUGUCCUCCGGGAAUGAAGCAGCAGGUUCUGAGUUUUUACACCAAGCUGCUAGGACGCAUUCACCAGCCUCUUCUGCCCCACAUCAAUGUCCAUAGACCUGUACAGAAACUCAUCCGUCUGUGUGGAGAGAUCCUGGCUGCUCCCACGGAGAACGAGGAGAUCCAGUUUCUCUGCAUUGUCUGUGCCAAACUAAAGCAGGACCCCUACCUCGUUAACUUCUUCCUGGAGAAUAAAGUGAAGAGGCCUGACCCAAAGAGGCCCGGUGUAGAGGGGGUUAGGGAGGACUUGGCUUCACCAGACACAGGUCAGCCCCAGGCAGAGGGACAGGCAGCUGAAUCACCUGAGGAACCCAAGUCUGCUGCUGCUCAGUCCAACAACAACAACGUCAACAACUACAACAUAGUCACGUCUCUCCUCAACCUCACCAAGAGUCCGGAUGGCAGGAUAGUGGUGAAGGCAUGCGAGGGCCUCAUGCUGCUGGUCAGUCUGCCUGAGCCGGCCGCGGCCAAGUGUCUGACGGAGAACACUGAGCUCUGUGAACUCUUGACUGACAGACUGUCGGCCUUCUACAAGGCUCUCCCCAUGUCCAUGGAUCCCCUGGACAUUGAGACAGUGGAGUCAGUCAACUGGGGGCUGGAUGUGUAUAACAUGAAGGAUGAUGCUGCCAUCUUCACUGGGAAGCGAGCACUCAUCUCCUUCCUAUCUUGGCUCGAUUACUGCGACCAGCUCAUCAAAGAGGCUCAGAAGACGGCGGCUGCAGUGUUGGCUAAAGCAGUGAGAGAGAGGUUCUUUGUGGCGGUCAUGGAACCCCAGCUGAUGCAGACGUCGGAGGUGGGCAUCCUGACCUCCACGGCUUUGCUUAACAGGAUCAUCCGCCAGGUGACCUCGGAGGCCUUGCUGCAGGACAUGGUCUACUUCCUCCUAGGGGAGGAGAAAGGACCAGAGACCCUAGCCAGCAUUGCCCAGAACCCCCUCCGACACAGACUCAUAGAGCACUGUGACCACCUGUCAGAUGAGAUCAGCAUCAUGACCCUGCGUCUGUUUGAGCACCUGAUCCAGAAGCCCAACCAGCACGUCCUCCACAGUCUGAUGCUACGCAGCCUGGAGGAGAGGAACUACCUGGAGAACAAGCCCCAAGAGGAGAGGGAGCCUGUGGAGAACGGCCAGCCCCACGACUUCAUAGACCUUGAAGAGGACCCUCUGUUUGGUGACGACUUCUCUCCAGAGAACAGGUUGGCCAGCCCUGAUUGGUUGAGCAGCUCCCCAACACACAGUCCCUACCACGCAAAGCCUGAUGGAAAGACCGAGGUCCACAAGAUUGUUAACAGUUUCCUGUGUUUGGUGCCAGAUGAAGCCAAGUCCUCGUCUCAUGUGGAGGGAACGGGUUAUGACACCUACCUAAGAGACGCACACAGACAGUUCAGGGACUACUGCGGGAUCUGUCAGAGAUGGGACUGGCGCGGCACCCCCAAGGCCAUGGAGAAGUGUGACCUGGACAGUCCCUUCUUCGAGGGCCACUUCCUCAAAGUCCUCUUCGACAGAAUGGGCCGUAUUUUGGAUCAGCCUUAUGAUGUGAACCUGCAUGUGACGUCAGUGCUGUCUAAGCUGUCUCUGUUACCCCACCCACACAUGCAUGAGUACCUGCUGGAUCCUUACAUCAACCUGGGCCCCGGCUGCAGGUCCCUCUUCUCCGUCAUCGUCAGGGUGGUUGGGGACCUCAUGUUGAGGAUUCAGCGCAUCCCAGACUUCACACCCAAACUCCUGCUGGUAAGAAAGAGACUGCUUGGCCUCGAACCAGAGGGUCUGAACAUCGACCACAUGACCCUGCUGGAGGGGGUGAUCGUACUGGAGGAGUUCUGCAAGGAGUUGGCUGCCAUUGCCUUUGUUAAGUUCCACGCGUCUGCCUCCACCUCCCCCUAAUCCAACCGGCCAGGCAGGUCAGGACUGGGGGGGGGGGGGGGGGGGGGGGGGGGGGGGCUGGGGGCAAAGGACAGGAUCAACAAAUGACUGGUUACUUACCACUGGUCAUCCCUAAAAUAGAUUGUGCCCCAAAGACAAUACUGUAAGCAGGACAUGUUUCAUCAAAUGUCUUGGGACUACAGAGAAAGUAUUUUGCCCCAUGCCCUAACCAGAACAACAGUAAGGCUGGCAAUCUGGGGCUAGAGGCUUUCAGGGUGAGGAAGGGGAUGUGUGGAUGGAUGCGGUAGGAGAGGGGACAUUCUCAAGAUGGUUUGAGCUGGGCAAGGCCUGCAGAGUCCCUGCGUGCUCUCUCUCUCUCUCUCUCUCGCCUUUCUCGCCAACCUAAACAAAUAUGAUCACCCCUUCACUCUGUGUGUCAUAGGGAGAGAAAUGUAUUUUCUGUAUGUGUGUAUUAAUUUAAUUUUUUUUCCAGACUCUGCUGUUUGUAAGCGUCAAUGCCUUAGUGUUGGAUUAUUACGCCUUUUCAGUUACUCUUUCAGGAGAUUGUUUGUUUCCUCGUGAAACAUUUUAUCUUUUGCCCACAUCUCUAAUAUAUUCUUCUUCUUCUGUCAGAUUAUCAAUGUCAAAUAACAAAAAAUCUGUGGACAAGAUGGCCCCUCUAAUUAGCACCCAUAUUGCUUACCAAAAUCAGGUAAUUCACCCGAUUCGUAAAACGAAGUACAUACAAUACAAUGUGAAAUGUUCUUAUUUAACAAACAUUUUUGUAUGGAGAAGUUCACUGUAGUGUCUGAGAUAAUAAGAUACUAGUCACGGUGUGGCAGAAGUGGAAAGUCCCCUGUAUUUAUUUUCCCAGUUUCUUUCGGGUUGCCUUUUUAACUGUCAGAUAUGCAUUUUUAAAGAAAGAAAACAGUUUUUAACCAAUUUAAUAGAACACCCAUUAUAUGGACUAAUGGUAGACGAGGAACUCUAAAUGCAACUUACUUUGCAGAAAAUGUGUCAAGUUUUUUGAAUUGUCCCCGACCUAGUAAAACUUCACUGUGGAGAUGUUCGUGUUAACAUUGCUCAGGCUUCCUACCUAACCAUGCGUAUUCUUGCGUAUUUCUUGCGUAUUUCAAUGCGUAUUGUGUAUUUCUUAUUGUUUGCACCCUCAACCUCACUAGCAAUGGGAUAACAUUAUAGAGUAUUGUGACAUCACAUUUUGUAGAAUGUGGAUCCUGAAAAACAAAACUGGAUUUGGACAUGGACUUCUAUGUACAUUUGCACUCGUUCCAUAUAUCAGAAUCUUUGCUUUUUUUUCGGGAACUUCGUCGGCUUUUGAGGAAAGUGACACCGCUUUUUUGCCUCUGUGACGAUGUUAUCGUUUAAUACCAGUAAUCAUUAUUGCCGUUUUCAAAAUGUACUCUGCUACAUUGUACACUUAUGUUGUCUUUGUCUGUGCUAGUGGCAUGGCCAUCUUUUCAGCGAUCUUACAUUGAACACAUUUUCUACCUGUUAUUCAUGACUUGUUUAUUUAUAGGAGGUAAUCUUAAUGUUGGGGUUGGGAGGUCCUCAAAGUGAUCCUAUUACGUCAUUAAUUCUGUCUUGGUUAGCUUACAUUGUGGCAUGUAGGCUUCCAUGUAUAUGUAUGGGAACACAGUACAUGAAUUUGAUAUGUUCCUUCAUAAGCUACCAUUUUAUAAAUGCAAUUUGGAUACAUCCAGUUUGUUUCCAUAGAGGUAUUUCAUUUACCGAUAGUAUUGUUUUCCAGCAUGGUCUUUGAUGACGCAGAGGAAAGGACUCAAAUUAAUGUGUACUUAAUGUAAAAAAACAAAUAUUGAUGGAGGACACUAUUGUGUGUGUUGUGUAGAUUAGAAGAUCAUGUAACCAGGGUUUGUUGCAAGUACCUGUUGGAGUAAUUUUGUGGAGGUUGGAGACUUACACUUAAUUCUUUAAUUGGUCUGAAUUAGGGAACUACAUGACAUAACCGGUGCUGGGGAUGUGUUGCUUGCCUGAACGCUUUGGGUUUGUACAUGGAUGGUGCCCAGUGUGUGUGUGUGGUUGUGUUCUAGGGGAUGAGUGUGUUGGUGUGUGAAUGCUUGCUGUAGUACGCAGGCUGGAUGAAUCUCCAUGAGGUCAGGAGUUGAAAUACUCCAAAUGGACACUGAACUUAGUGGCUAGAGCUGUUGUUCCUGCUAAGUUGACAUAGCAAGUUGGCUUCUGGUUGUCUACCCUAUACAGCACCUGGGGGAGUAUGUCACAAAAUAUAGGAUCAACUUGUUUGAAUGUUCUGGAUAACUUUCUAGGAAGAUAUGGACAUUAAUUGAUUCCACGAACAUCCCAUUUUACAGUUUUAGCUUGAAUAAAAAUGAAAUGACGUAUUAUCUGGUUCAUUUAUAAAGUUAGCUGUCUACCUUGGUUUUCCUGCAUUGUAGUAUACCCCUCUGGCCUAAUUAUGCAAACGUUUGCAUGAAAUCAGAUUUGCACAUUGUUCAUAUGUUGUACAUAUACCAAUACUAAAAAGCUUUUUUCAUUUUUGAUUUUUUUUUGUUUAUCAUGAACUCCCCAAAAAUAUUAGAAUGCACCUUUCAGGAGUGACUUGUCUACUUUAAUGGAAGAAAAACAUUUUUUAUUCUUAAUCAUGCACAUUUUGUUAUCAAUGUUUCCAACCUUUCUGUACCUGUGUAUAUAGGCUAUACGUGUACAAUAGUAAUAUUGCCAGGUGUAAAUGCAUGCAUAUCAUUUAUUGUAAUUAUGAAAGCAGCAUCUCUCUCCUAGCCUAGUACCAGAUCUGUUUGUGCCUUCUGGCCAACUCCUACGGCCAUUGUCACACCAAUGACCGUAGGAGUUGGGAAGACUGCACAAACAGAUCAGGGACCAGGCUUUCUUCCCAUCCAUGAUGAUUUCUUAGCAGUCAGCACUUUGCUCCUCUUCUGAAGACACUGACAAGGAAAUACAAUGAUGCCUUACUUCACACUAUGACAUUAAUGCUUUCACUGCUUGGGUUUGUUUGUUACACAUUGGAUGCUCUAUUUGUGAACGGCAUACAGAGGCUUGUAUUUCCUUGUCUGGUUGCAAGAGUCUAGUAUUAAAAAAAUCUGAUGCCAACUUAGUUUAUUUUCUUGUUAUGUGUCCGCUUAGACCAAUCACUGUAUAUCUUUGGUAAAAAUGUUUGCUGCAUUUAAUUGUUAACCUAAAGCUGGGUGUGAAAUGGGUUAUCUUUUUGGACUUUUUCUUGACCAGUAUGAUUUAUUGUGUGAUUAGUGCAAUGGUAUUUAAAUGUGAUAUAAGUUGCAUGCUCAUUCCUCAUCACGUCUCUUGAUGCUUAUGAUCAGUGUCUGGAAAGUAACUAUCGCUGUCAGGGUGGGUUCUUUCCUGCAGUUUCUCUCAUGCACUCAGGGGCAUCAUGUUUUCCAUUCUCAUCUGCCAUUUCUGGUUUAUGCGUGCUACUUUUCGGUGUGUAUGAGAAAUCACACAGGACAUUAUGGCUUUGUUUAUCAUCUUCCGUCCCUAAUAAAAAUACAGCUUUAUUCAUCAA